GAUUUAAAAUUUUGCUGAUCUGCAAAGAAUUGUCACGGCAAUGUUAAAUUUAAAGAGAAACAUAAAUUAGCCUUAUUUUGAUGUAAACAAGAAGUAAUGCCAUGUCUGGACAUUUUGACAAGUAUGGUUUUGAAAUUCUGAAACCACCUGUUAGUGCUUUUCAAGGUAAGGAUAAUGUUUCAAGCUUUAAGGAUGAUAUAGUAGAGGCACGUGUACAGGACUACUGGUAUUAUGAUGAUGAUUAUAUGUGCCAUAUAUAUGAUGAAGAAGACAGAAGUCUGGAAAAUGAAUGGCAGAAAGUUUUCUCAAAGUGGGAUCGUUACAGACAGUGUGUGAAAAGAGAAAAGCUGAAAGCAUUGAUCAAGGUUGGCAUUCCAAUGAACACAAGACCAGAACUUUGGAGGAAGUUGUUAGAGUUCAACAUAGCUAUGGCAAACACUAAAUUUUCUUAUGAGGCAUCUGUGUCUUUGCUGAGAGAGGAACUUAUAUUCCUAGGUGUAACUGAAUUUAACACUCAGAGUUUUGAAACCAUAUUAUCUGAACUUGAGCAAGAUAAGGAAGAUAUUUCAUAUAAAUGUUUAACAUUCAACCCACAGUUCCUGAGACAGAUCGUGUUGGAUGUUGGAAGGACUUAUCCCACUCACUUCAUGUUUUCUAUGAAAAGUGAUGAAGGAAUAGAAGGCAGAGCAUCUCUCUUUAGACUCCUUGCAGUAUAUACAUUAUAUAACCCAGAAAUUAAUUAUUGUCAAGGAAUGUCCUAUUUGGCAGCUAUGUUUUUGAUGCAGCUAGAGGAAAAAGAUGCUUUCUGGGCCUUUGUGUCCUUGUUAGAAAGACGGAAAUACUUGUGGGGAUAUUUUCAUAAUGUGCUUGAAAGAGUAGAGAGUCAUGCCAAAGUAUUUGAAAAAAUUUUGAAUCGCCAUUUACCACGUAUUCAUCAUCAUCUGAACAAACUAGAAGUUGAGCCACUGAUGUAUACCACACAAUGGGUGCUGUGUGUCUUCACUUCACUUCCCUGUUGGGACACAGUCUUAACAGUGUGGGACUUGCUCCUGUUGGAAGGUAAUGUGGUCAUAUUUCAGACAGCCUUAGCCAUCCUGAAAGUCAUUGGCCCAUCACUGCUGAAACUUCAUGAUACAAACAGAGCAAUUAAAUUGUUACAAAACAUACCACACUGUGUGUAA